UAAGUAAGUAGCAGCACUAUCAAAACAUUAACAGUUUAUCACUUAUCAUUUCUAUCAAACGCGUAUACUUCAAUAUGGGUGCUCUUGAUCACAUCUCAGACCUCUUUGACUGCUCUUACAGAAGAUCCACAUACAAGAAGAAACGAAAGCAAUUCCAGACGGUUGAGGUAAAAGUGAAGAUGGAUUGCGAAGGAUGCGAAAGAAAAGUGAAGAAAUCAGUGGAAGGGAUGAAAGGAGUGACACAAGUGGAAGUAGAUCGCAAAGCAAGCAAAGUAACAGUCACAGGCUACGUGGAACCUUCCAAGGUGGUGGCACGCAUGUCUCAUCGUACAGGGAAAAGGGUUGAGCUAUGGCCUUAUGUUCCAUACGAUGUUGUUGCACACCCUUAUGCACCUGGUGUUUAUGACAAAAAAGCACCAUCUGGUUACGUUAGAAACGCAAAUUAUGAUCCAAAUGUUUCAAAUCUUGCUCGUGCUAGUUCAGCUGAAGUUAGAUACACUACUGCUUUCAGUGAUGAUAACCCCACUGCAUGUGCCAUUAUGUGAUUCGACAUAGACCACCACCUUCAUCAAUCAUAGUUUCCUUUUUGUCUUCUUUAAUUUACUUUUAAUUAGUUUGUUUUUUUAGGGGAAUAUUAAUUAGUUUGAUUUUCUGUUAAUAUUAUUGUAUUGUACUUAAUCCCUAAAGAAAACAGUGUAAAAUAGGGUUAGGGACUAGGGAGAGGGAUGAUGCUUCCUUUCUCUUUUUUGAUUGAAAGGAAUGCUUUUGCUUUCGCUUUUCCAUAUUAAUUAAUUAGUUAAUGGAUAUGUAUCAGAUCAUGAUUUUGGUUCGAUGAA